UCCUACCAAUACAAUUUAACCUGUCAAACAAUUAGCAUCAUGCCCCGUGCCACACGCGCCAAGCCUGCCACCAAGGCCAAGGCGAAGGAGGAGGCGGCCGAUAAGCCGGUGGAGGAGCCAAAGCCGAAGAAGGCAGCGACGAAGCGUGGCACUAAGCGCGCGGCUGAGGAGCCAGCGGAGGAAAAGGAGCCCGAGCCGGUCAAGGAACCUUCUCCCCCCGCCGAGGAUGAGGAUGAGCGCCCGAAGCCUGCAGCGAAGCGCCGUCGCGUUGCGGAACCUAAGGCUGCUCCCAAGCCCAAGCCAGCGCCUAGCCUGUUCCCAGGACAGCCCGCGCUGGACCUUUUCAUGUUCGGCACGAACUCGUUCGGCGCGCUUGGACUCGGGGAUCCUGAGGGCGCUGACGACCCCGACACCCGCUCCCAGGUCCCGCGCCCCAAGCUGCCCAUCUCGGAGACGCUGAAGUUCGUUCAGGUCGUGUGCGGCGGCAUGCACUCGGUGGGCCUGACGGCCGACGGCGACGUGUACACGUGGGGCGUCAACGACGAGGGCGCGCUGGGCCGCAAGACCUCGGGCACCUGCUGGGAAAAUGAGUCGGAGAAGAACAAGGGCGACAGCUUCGUGCCCGGCCAGGCCACGCUGCCGGGCGGCCUGAAGGCGGUGCAGGUGGCCGCCGGCGACGGCUUCACGUUCGCUGUGGGUACGGACGGCUCUCUGUACGGGUGCGGCCACUUCAAGGACGAGGUGGGCGCGCUGUCCGGCUUCACGGCCGACGUCAAAGUGCAGGGCCUGUUUAUCCAGGUAUGGAAGCCGGAGUCACUGCGUGACCGCAUCAAGAAGCUGGUGUGCGGCGCGCGGCAUGCGGUGCUGCUGACCAACCGUGGCGACGUGCUGACGUGGGGCAGCGGCAGCCAGGGCCAGCUGGGGCGCGUCAAGCCCUACCACCAGGACAGCGAGCACCAACCCACCGCGGAGCAGCUGUUCAAGCCCACGCUAGUGGCCCACCUGCCUUACGCCCUGGGCAGCACGCAGGCGGUGGACGUGGCGUGCGGCGCCUACAGCACCUUCGUGAUUGGCAAGAACGGCGCUGUGGCGGCGUGGGGCCUCAACAACAGCGGGCAGCUGGGCAUUGCAAAGGAGAACAACGACGACAACCUGAAGUGGGAGCCGGUGCCGGUGGCUUCGCUGAAGGGCGUAGCGCACAUCGCCGGCGGCGAGCAGCACACGCUGGCGCUGACCAAGAAGGGCGUGCUGCUGUCCUUCGGCGCCGCCACCUACGGCAUGCUGGGCCGCCGCGACGUCGACACCAACACCGCCAACGAGAUCCACCCGGAGCCCAAGCCCGUGGAUGGGCUGCCUGAGGGCGCCAAGGUGGAGUGCAUUGCCGCCGGCACCAACGUGUCCGCCUGCACCACCAGCGACGGCGACGCCUGGUUCUGGGGCAGCAACACCAACCUGCAGCUGGCCAAGGGCACGGACGAGGACGACGAGACCGUGCCCAAGAAGAUGGGGCGCGUCAAGCAGUUCGGCUACCGGCGCGUGCACUUCGUGGACUUUGGCGGACAGCACGGCGCGCUGCUGGCGGGCCCGCAGGGUGAGGUGGGUCCCACCGCCGGUGCGGGCGGCUCCGCUGGCGCCGCGGCUGCUCCGCCUGCAGCGGCCGUGCCGGCGCCAGUGGUAGCCAAGCCAGCGGCUGAGCCCAAGUCCGCUGCGGCGGAGGCCAAGCCGGAGGCGAACGGCGCGGCCGCAGCAGCUGCGGCAACGGAAGCUAAGCCCGCUGAGGACGAGAAGGAGGGGGAGAAGGAGGGUGCUGAGUCUAUGGAGACGGACGCAAAGGCUGCGGAUGAGGCGGCGGCUGCGUAAGGCUCAUUGAAGCGCAGGAGUGGGAUAUGGGUGUAGUAUGCGCCAGCCCGAUGAGCGAAGAGGGUGUGAAUGUAGGACGAUGAGAGAUGCUGGGAACGUGCAGGCUCGGUAUGCGACUGCGGUCACCGAACAUAUAUGGAAGUGCAUUUUGGUUGCUUGACACAGGAGUGACACCAGCUUUCAUUUCUCUGAAUAGGAGUGUGUGGUGGGACUGAUGUGCCCAACCCACAGCCUAGAUUUGCUGCGUGUCAUGCGGUGUAGGCAUGCGCAUUAUCGGACCCAACAUAGUUGUAUUCUUUACGGACUGCACAUGGUCAGCUUGUGUGCAAUGCAGGGCAUGGCGGACCCCAGGUGCCGCCGCCGCUGCUACUAGGUGCAGGUUGACUGACUGUUGCCCUUUUGCUUCAUUAUCUAUCUUAACGGGCUUACCGGACAUUCACAUCCGGAGGUGCAAUGCGCAGGAAUGACCAGUGCAAACCAAGUGCCCUGUGCUGCCGUGUGCAGGCCUAGGGACGCGUGCGGAUCAGGUUGGGGGGUGUAGCUAUUUGACUUGUCGGUGUUAAGGGCAGCUGCUUUUGGCGAGCUGCGACUUACGCAGCAUGACCGACAGGACUGGACGUACAA